AUGGUAGUAUUAACGGAGGUGUGGAUCAAGAGCGGGGAAGAAGUACGAGAUACCGGGAUACGACAUGAUACUACAGCCAAGGACAGAGAAUCAAUCAGGUGUGAUACAAGAGAGCUGUCAUUCCGAAUUGGCAGCACCAAGUCUGAAGAUGGCGGCCAGAUCUUCACUGUAGACCAUUUUACAAUCCAUGAAAACUAUACGGGCAGAUGGGAUAACGACCUUGCGGUCGUCAAGCUGAACAAGCCCAUCAAGUUUGGGAAGCACGUAAAACCCAUCAAACUUGGAACAGAAAGUCUCAAAGUAGGAACUAAAGGCAUGAUAGCAGGAUGGGGAGGGAGAUCAGAAUCCGAAGAGUCGUCGCCUGUCUUGAUGGCAACAAAAGUGACGGUUUCCGACUGGCAGAAAUGUAAAGAUAUCUACCCCGAUCACCUCACACCUAGACAGAUUUGUACCUACGACACAAAAACAGGACCUUGCAAUUUUGACUGGGGAGACCCGCUGGUGUACAAGGGAGCGUUGUACGGGCAGUUGAUUGGGAUCAACGAUUGCCUCUCUAGUCCGGUCGUUUACACUGAUAUUCCUGCAUAUGCUGACUGGAUCAAAAGUUUAGCAAGGGGGCUACAAAUUCAGGGGCAACAUCCUAGGGCUAACAUCGUAAGCAGUAACAAUGAGAAAUCCAGUCUUGGGAUAAUUAAUGGAAAAACCACUUCCAUUCAAAAAUUCCCAUUCAUGGUUGCCAUACUCCUGGAAGAUGAAUUCUUUAACACAGGAGUUAUUCUCAACUCUCGCUGGAUACUGACUACUGCCUACACCGUUUCUUGGUGUGAUACAAGAGAGCUGUCAUUCCGAAUUGGCAGCACCAAGUCUGGAAAUGGCGGCCAGAUCUUCACUGUAGACCAUUUUACAAUCCAUGAAAACUAUACGGGCAAAUGGGAUAACGACGUUGCGGUCGUCAAGCUCAACAAGCCCAUCACGUUCGGAAAGAACGCAAAACCCAUCAAACUUGGAACAGAAAGUCUCAAAUUGGGAACUAAAGGCAUGAUAGCAGGAUGGGGAGGGAGAUCAGAAUCCGAAGAGUCGUCGCCUGUCUUGAUGGCAACAAAAGUGACAGUUUCCGACUGGCAGAAAUGUAAAGAUAUCUACCCCGAUCACCUCACACCUAGACAGAUUUGUACCUACGACACAAAAACUGGACCUUGCAAUUUUGACUGGGGAGACCCGCUGGUGUACAAGGGAGCGUUGUACGGACAGUUGAUUGGGAUCAACGAUUGCCUCUCUAGUCCGGUCGUUUACACUGAUAUUCCUGCAUAUGCUGACUGGAUCAAAAGUGCCAUACAAGAGUGA